UCGAAUUAAAUCGUAUGCCCAAACAGAGACAAAAAUUAUUAAUCACUGUCUCUAGCUACUUUCUCUCUCCUCUCCCCCCCUUUUUCUCUCUCUUUCUCCCCGUUCAACAACACUAGAUUUCCCAGAAAAAUCAACGAGGAACUUUCACUCUCAACUUCCUUCACUAUCACAUAAUCAAAUUGACCGUUAGAUUCGUGGAAAUCAGAGCAUUUAAACAUUCCAGGGGAGGACUGUAUUUCAUUUUCAGCUGGAUGCUGAGUCAGUAGCUAUAACCUUGCAGCCUUGAGGUUAUAAGCUUGUAACUUCAUGAAGAGCUAGCUUGGACUCAUUAAAGAGUUGUGAACAGUGGACAUGGAUAAAAUACCUCAGGACUGUCCUUACCCUGGAUGCUUUUUCUGUGUAAUGAAGGAGGGAAACCCAAGCAAGCGUAGAGCUAGCAUCCACAAAUUUUUCAGAGAACUUCCUUCACAAGAUGAUGAUGGUCAGGUUCUUCCUAUAAGUGGCCUUUGGAACACUGCCAUGGCACAUCCGAAUGACCCUGAGUUCAUUGAACUGGGAAUAUUUGAAUGUAUGUCGGCUCUUAUAUGGAAAGGCCUAAAGAAUCGUCGGUGGCUUUCUCAUGAUCAGAAUAUUUACAUUCCUUACUAUGCUGCCCAUAUAAUUGGUUCAUACACUAUGAAUAUGGAGGAAUUUUCUGAAUCUUCUGUUCAUGCUGGAGUAAUACCUCCUUUAGUUGAACUUCUGAGAGGGAGGUUGACUUGGGUUGAACAGAGGGUAGCAGUUCGGGCUCUUGGACACCUGGCCACUUAUGCUAGUACUUUUUCUGCCAUAGCAAGUCAUGGUGAAAUUCUUGAGUUAUCUAUUCAACUGGCAAUGAGUUGCUUAGAAAUCGUUUACACACAUUUUUAUCAGUAUGUUGACAGAAGACUUAGUUAUCAUUGUGAUCUGCUAACACGUGGCAUGGGAGGUGUUGAGAUGGAGUCCAGGAAGGCAGAGGAAUGGGCAAGUCAAUUGCAAUGCUGGUCCCUUCAACUGAUAAACUGCUUUGCCUUCAAACCUGAGUUCCUUCCUACAAUAUGCAAGCCCGAGUUCCUCUCAAAAUUGCCAGGCAUGUGGGGUGGACUUGUUAAUGAAAACUCGCCUGCUGGGAUCGGUUUGUUACGGACAAUUUGUCACCAUAAACUUGGCCGGGGACCUGUUGCUAACUGUCCUGGAGUUAUUGAAGCACUGUGCAAUAUUGCUCGCUCCUCAGACGAUUGGCAGUAUAUGGCUGUUGACUGUCUUCUUUGGUUACUCCAAGAUACAAGCACUUGUCACAAGGUUUUUGAGAAGGCAGUACCUGCUUUACUGGAUCUUUCAGAGAUCUCAACCCUUGGGGAUCACAAAAAGUUGGGAGAUUCCAUUGUUAACGUUCUUCCGGAAUGUGUUGUUCAUUUCACAUCAGCAGCUGGUCGCAACUCUCUGAGUGACGACAUAAAGGAACAAAUUGAGGAGGUUUUGAGUGCGAGGCAGAGAUUGAAGUUGGAGAAGAACAUGCCGAAAGAGGACUUGCAUAUUAAACAGGCAGCUGGCUUGGUGGUCAAGCUUGAGGGGAAUUCACAAUUCUCUGCUGGAAACAUAGCUGGGGCUGCAGCUAAAUAUUCAGAAGCUUUGUCAUUAUGUCCAAUGAGAUCAAAGAAAGAGAGAGUUGUCUUAUAUAGUAAUCGAGCUCAAUGCCACCUGCUCUUGCAACAACCCUUGGCUGCUAUAAGUGAUGCUACACGUGCUCUUUGUCUACAUAACCCUGUCAAUCGUCAUGCUAAAAGCCUUUGGAGAAGAGCUCAGGCUUAUGACAUGCUUGGGUUUGCUAAGGAGAGCUUAUUAGAUGCUAUUUUAUUUAUUAACGAAUGCUGUCAGUCGAAUGAUCCUGACCUCUCAUUGAGGCAAAAUAAAGUUCCUGACUAUGCUGAACGCUUAGUUAAAAAGCAAAUGCGUGCAGCUUGGUUAUUUAGGGAAGCAGCUAUGAAGCAUGGAGGUGUUCAUGGUGAGGCUGGUGCUGGUGACAAUUCUGGUCAUGAGACUGAUGAUUCUGAAUGGGAAACAGCAAGUGAAAGUGAUGGAGGAGAUAACGACAACCAUGAAAUAGAAAGAGAAGAUUUUGACUGGAAUAAAGACCAAAAACGGAAAAGCAAAUAUAAUAAACCUUCUAUAAAAGAGAACAUAUUGUUUGUGCAGAGCUGAGCUGAUGACUGGUGCAAGCAAUGCAGGACGCUCUAUCCAGUUUUGUGUGUUUGGGACUUAGGCACUAUGCAUUGAGAUGAUAGAAUCGGUUUCCUGCAUACUUAUACGGCGCAAAUGUCAUCAUAAAAGAAAACCGAUCCUUUCAUCUUCUUCAAUUUCGAACAUCAGCAGCCCUUUACCGCAGCUGCAGGCUUGGUCUCAAGUCACUGUAUUUAGAUGUAAAACUUGUGCCAUAUCUGCAAUUCUGUUACCUUGUCUUUUUUUUUUUUCAGAUUUUUAGACAGUCCUUAUACCGGUUAAACCAAGUUUGGAGCAUUUGUGUGAAGAACAUUUCAACUGUAGCGAUUGCAUUGCUCAAAAUGAGCUCUCUC